AGCGCGUUCAUGGUUCACCAACAACAAUCACCAUGCCAGCACUUCAGCACUUGGCAAACCAUCAUUUCUCUUCUUGCUUGUAUUCUUCACGUUUGUCCUCGCUAUUCUUCGUGUAGGGUCAGCUCUUUCCGAUCAUCGCAACAUAGCUCGUCCGCGGGAGCUUGACGCCGCGCAGCCACGUUUGCCUCGAGACGAGAUCUGAGGAUUGCAGACUGCGACACUGCCGUCUGCAACACUCGUCAUCUUCUAUCUGGCGGCUUCAGGAAGCACAUGGACAAUCAGACUCAGUAUAAAUUCGAGCCUUGAGAGCCCCGUUCUUCAUCAGUCUCUUUCACGUUUCUGCACUCAUCUCAAACAUGUUCGCCGCCUCCGCCCUCGCCGUUGCUGCCCUCGCUUUCGCCUCGACCGCUGCUGCCGAGCAGCACCAGGUCACCUUCACCAACAACUGCGGCUACGGCACGCCCCUCUUCCUCUACCAGGGCAACAUGAGCCCGCAGGGCGCCACCACCGUCCAGGGCCAGCUCAAUGGCGGCAUUGCCUGGCUCGACAACGGCGCCUCGUGCGCCACCAACGGCGUCGGCUGCGGUGCCGUCGAGUUCACCUUCCAGAACACCGGCUACUCGCAGGCCGACAUCACCCUCGAGCCCGAAGGCAGCCACAACUACCUCUACCCCAUCGGCUUCAACUUCAUCAACGGCUGCUCGAACGGUCUCUUCUGCGACAACCCCAACUGCAUUGACCAGGCUUCGUUCAGCCCCACCCAGGUUCCCCUCGCUGACUGCCAGGCUAACGACUCUGGCAUCAAUGUCAUCUUCUGCUGA